UACAUUUUAGAAUAACACUAACUAACGUGUUUAACAUAUAACGGAGCUAACUUCAUUCAUUUCAUUGAAAAAAAAUUGUGACGUUUAAUUCUAACCUAACUUUUCUAAUUUUUGAAUAAUAAUUUAUUUUAAGCUUAAAAUGGGAGAUGAAACGAUAUUUGAAUUCUUACACGCGGAAAUAAUAAAUUAUACAAUGAAUCAGAAUGAAAUAAAGAAAAGUGAUUGUAAGGAUGAAGAAUUAUCGGAUUUAGAAUACAUAGGCUUUACUACUGGGUUUAAAAUGAUUGAAAGACUUACGAAAGAAAUGCCAAGAUUUAAAGAUGAACUUGAUACAAUGAAAUUUAUCUGUACCGACUUUUGGACGGCAAUUUACAAGAAACAAAUCGAUAAUUUACGCACUAAUCAUCAAGGAGUGUACGUUUUACAAGACAAUUCUUUUAGAUUUUUAACAAAAAUCUCCGAUGGAAGACAAUACCUUGAUGUAGCACCAAAAUAUGUUGGGUUUACUUGUGGUGUUAUUAGAGGAAGUUUAGCCAAUUUGGGGAUUAAUUCGAUAGUUACUGCUGAAAUACAAAAUAUGCCACUUUGUAAAUUUCAUAUACAGGUUCAAAGAAAUUAAUAAACUAAAAAUAGUAUUAUUUAUUA